GUGAUAUCAGAUCAGCCGUUUUGUUUCAGGAGUCGCGUUUGGACCAGUCUGAACGUUGCCUUUGGCUUGACGACUCCGAUCGCUAAGUUUUCUCUCAGUUUAUUAUUAUUAUUAUUAUUUUGGAUGCGUGUGAUAUAUUUGAGUUUGUCGUCACCCACGCGCCUUUUUCGUCCUUAUCUUGCGGAAGAACAUGCCGUGCUGAAGUGAGAUAACUUUUUUGCGCGUGCAUUUCCAACGCGCUCAGCCGCCGAAGAAACUGGUCAGAGGAAAGAUGCCCCCUAACGGACCGCGAGCUAGGACUGCGUGUUUUAUCCUAAUUUAUCUAAUUAGCCUAAGUGUGGCCGAGCCCAACAGCAACAAUAAGAGAUACAGUAGAAACUUUCGAGACGAGCAAGACCAUCAGUCAUCCGCCAAUGGAUUAUCGCCUGGAGGGCCAAAUGUGUGCAGAAGCAGGGCGCGAUCUUACUGCUGCCCUGGCUGGCAACGACAUGCGGCUUUAGGCCUGUGCAUUAUACCUGUCUGCAGCAGGACUUGCAGCCCGGGACAGUGUGUAUUGCCCAACGUUUGCCAAUGCGAGGGCGGCCAAAAAUCCUCCAGUUGCCAGAGCCGCCAACUAAGCUACGGUGGCGAAGGAAAACAGUGCAGAGCGAUUUGCAUGAACGGCGGAACCUGCGUGGAUGGUCAAUGCAGCUGCGUGCCCGGAUACAGUGGCGAGUUCUGCACGGAGCCUAUAUGUGAAGAACCCUGCAAAAAUGGAGGGCGUUGCAUCGGCCCAGAUCGCUGUGCCUGCGUGUAUGGAUUUGCUGGCACUCACUGCGACGUAGACUAUCGAACUGGGCCAUGCUACACGGGAAUCCGAGGACCUCUGUGCGUCAACCAACUAGAGGGUGUCGUCUGCACUAAGACCCUCUGCUGCGCCACUGUAGGCAAAGCCUGGGGCCACCCGUGCGAGCACUGCCCCAACCACCUGGAAUGUGACACUGGCUUUUUGAAGAACCAGAAAACUGGCGAGUGUAUUGAUAUAAAUGAAUGCGAGGCGAUUCCUCACCUCUGCGCCGGAGGCCGUUGUGUGAACAGCGUGGGAUCGUUUAGCUGCGAAUGCCCAGCCGGGCAGGCCAGAAACCCCAGCAGUAACCGAUGCGACGAUCGCAAUGAGUGUGAGGAUGAGGAUGUGUGUGAAAAUGGGGCGUGUGUCAAUACUCCCGGAGGGUUUUACUGUCUGUGCCAUCCAGGGUUUAUCCAGAGCCAGGACAAGACCUACUGCAUAGAUGGCAGGCAAGGGUUGUGCUACACUCAUCGCACUCUUUCCGGCUACUGCAGGGACGAGCUCCAAUAUCGCCUAUCGAAGAAGGACUGUUGUUGCGGCCAGCACGUUGGACAGGGAUGGGGGGACGAAUGCGCCCCCUGCCCAGAGUAUGGAAACGAUGAUCAUCGCAAGUUGUGCUCGACCGGCCAGAUCUACCACUCUACGAUCGCGGGCAAGGACUACAACCUGACCAGCUGGGACAGUCAGCGGCCGGAGCAAAAUACCAAGCUUCAGAGCACGCUGGUGGAUGAAUGCAUGCUCCGACCAACCAUCUGCGGGCAUGGGAAAUGCGUCGACCAACCAGAAGGCUACGACUGCAUUUGCGACGCCGGAUACCGGAUGGGGAAGUCGCAAGUGUGUGAAGACAUCAACGAAUGCAGCGAGGGAAAGUGCCUGAACGGGCGCUGCAUCAACUCCCCGGGCGGCUUCAACUGCAUCUGCCCUGCGGGCUUCGACUUGUCGCCCGAUGGGACGAUGUGCACGGAUCAUGACGAGUGCAGUGAGAUCGGCAUGUGCUCGAACGGCAUCUGCAUCAAUAUGGACGGCAGCUUCAAGUGUCAAUGCAAGAGCGGCUUCAAGCUGAGCCCUACUGGGUUUGCCUGCAUCGAUAUUGAUGAAUGUUACGAAAACCCCCGCAUUUGCUUGAACGGCCGAUGCGAAAACACUCCUGGAUCCUACACCUGCCAGUGCCUGCCUGGAUUUACUGAGUCUAGCGACCGCACGUUUUGCAGCGAUAUGGAUGAAUGUGCCGCCACUGGAAUGUGCGACCAUGGAAAAUGCAUCAAUAUGGAAGGAUCAUUCAGAUGCGUAUGUGAUUCUGGGUACCGCCUGGGCCCAGACGGACGCCACUGCUUGGACAUCGACGAAUGCAUCAGCUCCCCCUGCCAGUUCGGAAGCUGCUCCAACACCCCCGGCAGCUUCAGGUGCGAGUGCCAUUCCGGGUUCAGUCUGGGUUCAGAUGGACGCUCGUGUCUGGACACCAGGCGCGAUCUCUGCUACCAGGAGUAUCGGGAUGGACAGUGCAUCAAUCCUUCGUCCAGUGCAGUGACCAAAUCCAGUUGCUGUUGUUGCACCAUCAUUACUGGCAAACCGAUGGCGUGGGGGCAGGCGUGCCAGCCCUGCCCCAUGCCCGGCACCACUGACUUUGAGCUGCUCUGCCCACAUGGACCUGGGUCAACUUUCGACGGGAACGAUAUAAACGAGUGCGCCCAGAACCCGAACAUUUGCCAAAAUGGUGCCUGCGAGAACCUGAUUGGAACCUACCGCUGCAUCUGUAACCCCGGCUAUGAAGUUGAUGAAUCAGGCAAACUGUGCACUGAUAUCAAUGAGUGCGAAAUGGACGAAGUGUUGUGCGGCGGAGGACAGUGCAGGAACACAGCGGGUAGCUUCCAAUGCAUCUGUCCCACGGGCACGCAGCUAAACCAGCAAAACUUCGUAUGCGAGGACGUGGACGAGUGCAAAGAACUGGGCCCAGAGGCGUGCUUCAAUGGCGAGUGCGUGAAUACACUCGGCUCGUACAAGUGCGAGUGCGAUCCGGGCUCAGUGCUAGACAACACCGGCCGCAUUUGCAUCGACAACAGAAGAGGCUCCUGCUGGACGAAGUUGAAUCAUGGAAGGUGCGAGAACAAUUUGCCCCAGCUAAGCAAGCGGACAGAGUGCUGUUGCUCCAUAGGGGUGGCGUGGGGUUCGCCAUGUGAGCGCUGCAAUAGAAACGAGUGCGAAUGCCCUGCAGGUUACACCAAAGCGGACGGGAAAGCCUGCACGGACAUCAACGAGUGCGAGCUCAACCCUGAUAUUUGCAGGGGCGGCGGAACCUGCGUAAACACCGAUGGAAGCUUCACGUGCACCUGUCCAAUUGGACUCACUCUUGAUGACACCAGAACCCAAUGCCUUGACAUGAGAGAAGAGCAAUGCUUUACCAAACUGAAGAACGGAAAAUGUUCGUACGCUAUCGAAGGUCUUUUCCACAAGGACUUGUGCUGCUGCUCCUCCAUUGGCCGAGCGUGGGGCAACAAAUGCGAACCAUGCCCUCGCCUGGGUUCUGCAGCUUACACAGAACUCUGCCCCAAAGGUGUGGGUUAUCUGGAACGCAAGGACAUCAAUGAAUGCACGGAAUUUUCGGGAAUGUGCCAGAACGGCCGUUGCAAGAAUACCAUCGGUGGCUACAGCUGCAAAUGCAACAAGGGGUAUGACUUUGAUGACAACAGCAUCAAGUGCGUUGAUAUUGAUGAAUGCAGUAUAACAACAACGAACGUUUGCGGCAGUGGGGUGUGCAGGAACACCCCAGGCGACUUUUUCUGUGAAUGCUUUGAAGGGUUCCGUACGCAGCCGCCCAUGCAGACCUGCAUGGAUAUAGAUGAGUGCGAGGAGGCUCCAGGCCUGUGCAGGGGCGGUAAAUGCUUAAACACCGAGGGAUCGUACAAGUGCGACUGCCCGCCUGGCCACGAGCUGGCCGCCGACAAACAAUCCUGCAAGGACAUCGACGAAUGCUCGCGAACAAGUGGAAUCUGCUCGAACGGGGUAUGCGAGAACAUGAUGGGCACUUACCAGUGCAUCUGCAACGAGGGCUAUCAGCAAACCGGCCUGAAGUCCCACUGCGAAGAUAUUGACGAGUGCGACUUUGAGCCUUGCGACGACGUGUGCCUCAACACUCCCGGCAGUUUCUCAUGUUCAUGUGGUUCGGGGUAUCAACUGAACUUAGAUGGGAAGAGCUGCUCGGAUAUAGACGAGUGCAAGGAGAACUCGAGGAUUUGCAACGGGGGCAAGUGCACCAACACCAUUGGGAGCUUCAUCUGCCAUUGCAGUGAGGGACUGUUGGCUGGCGCUUCUGGAACCUCCUGUCUGGACAUAGACGAGUGCAAGCAGAACCCGAACAUUUGCGGGGCGGGCGAGUGCCAUAAUACGCUAGGUUCCUUCCAGUGCCGCUGCGAGGAGGGAUACUCAGUGAAGCCGGAAGGAGGCGCUCAAUGCACUGAUGAUGACGAGUGCUACUUGGGCACGUACAACUGCGAUGAAAACGCCGAUUGCAUCAACAACCCGGGUUCUUAUCAGUGCCGGUGCCUGGAGGGCUUUACUGGCAAUGGCAUCAGCUGCCGCGACAUCAAUGAGUGUCUGACAAACAACGGAGGGUGCGAUCAGAACGCUCAGUGCAUCAACAACGACGGCUCCUUUAGAUGCGAGUGCGACUCUGGCUUCAAAGGGGACGGUUACAAUUGCGUGGACAUUGACGAAUGCAUCAACGAUCCGAGCCUAUGCGAGAACGGCCAAUGCUUGAACUACCCGGGCGCGUUCCGUUGCGAGUGCGAGAUGGGCUUUAUGCACCCGAACGAACGCAACGAACAGAGCUGUGUCGAUAUUAAUGAAUGCGAGAUGUUCGGCAAUUUGUGCGUGUUUGGAAGCUGCGAGAACACGCUCGGGAUGUUUCGUUGCGAAUGCAACGAAGGCUACAAGCUGGAUGGAUCAGGAGGAAACUGCACGGACAUUGAUGAGUGCGAGAGUCCUCAGUCCUGCCUGUAUGGGGAGUGCGGGAACAUGGAGGGGACCUUCAAGUGCAUCUGCCCGCAGAACUACCAGCUGGUGGCCGAGGGCAACGCCUGCAUAGACCGCAGAACCUCCAGAUGUUUCCUCCAAGUGCAAAGCCCUGGAAGAUGCGAGGCUCCAACUGCUGACUAUGUGACGCAGGCGUCGUGUUGCUGCUCAGUGGGGAAAGCAUGGGGGCCGCAAUGCGAACUUUGCCCAGACCCCAACAGCAUCGAGUAUCAGCAGUUAUGCCCCGGAGGGCAGGGGUACAAGCCUAACGACCUCACGGUAGUUCUCGAGGACAUCAACGAGUGCGAGGACCACGAAAACAUCUGCGAAAAUGGCCAUUGCACCAACACCUUCGGUAGCUUCAUGUGCUCCUGCAACGAAGGCUUCCGGCUGGACGUCACUGGCUACACGUGCGUGGACAUUGACGAGUGCGCGGAAAGUCCCUUGAUUUGCUCAGUGGGGAUUUGCGUGAACGAGCCAGGCAAAUACUUUUGUCAAUGCCCCGAAGGCUACAUGCCCCUCCCAGGAAAACGAGAGUGCGUGGAUAUGAGGAAGGAUAUCUGCUUCUUGAACUACAGCCGGUGGCAGUGCAGCACCCCAAUGACGCAGAAUCAGACCAAGAAAGUGUGCUGCUGCUCAAUGGGGCAGGCGUGGGGCCAACCGUGCGAGCCCUGCCCCCUCCAAGGCACCACCGAACACAAGCUGCUGUGCGGCAUCACGCCCGGUUUUGUGGUCAAUCCGAUGACCAACAAAACGAUGGAGAUAAACGAGUGCGAGUUAAUGCCGAACAUGUGCAGUCACGGCCAAUGCAUGAACACGCCGGGUAGCUUCGAAUGCAUGUGCAACCGGGGCUACAUCUACGACACCAACUCGCACCAGUGCAUCGACGACAACGAGUGCAAUCGCAACCCGUGCUCCGGCAACGCACAAUGCGUGAACAUGCCUGGUAGUUUUGAGUGCCAGUGUCCAGAAGGAUACAAGCAUGGAGCCUCCUUCUUAGAUUGCGUCGAUGUUAACGAGUGUAUCGAGAGGCCGCAUGUGUGCCAGAGUGGUGAGUGCAAGAAUUUGCAAGGAAGCUUCCAGUGCAUCUGCGAAACUGGUUACCGACUUACCUCCUCCCGGGACAGCUGUGUUGAUAUAGACGAAUGCGUGCGACACCCGAACAUCUGCAACAACGGCACCUGUAUCAACCUAGUGGGCAGCUACAAAUGCCACUGCAACGCUGGCUUCAAGCUCAGCAACAGCAACGAUUGCGUGGACAUUGACGAAUGCCACAUGAUGCCAUUUUUGUGUCGCAAUGGGCGCUGCCGCAACAACUUGGGCUCGUUCUUCUGCGAAUGUGCUGCCGGUUACACUCUGUCGGUGGACCAGCACAACUGCCGCGACGUUGAUGAGUGUCACGAGCUGCCCGGCGUCUGUCCUGCGCCUGGCAAGUGCACUAAUGUGAUGGGAUCCUUUAUCUGCACCUGCCCCGAAGGCUAUGAACUAAGCAGUAUUACCAACGUUUGCGAAGACAUCGAUGAAUGCGCCAUCAAUCCUGGCAUAUGUGAGAACGGUCAAUGCACCAACACAGAUGGGGGCGCCUUUUGCACUUGUCCUGAUGGAUUCAUCUUGGAGUCGCUUUCCAUGAAAUGCGUCGAUGUUCGACAGGAUCAGUGCUUCGACUCAUUUACCCGCGGUCUCUGCUCAGAACCAAGAGGGAUGCAGAUAACAAUCAAAGAAUGCUGCUGUUCCAAAGGGGCCGCAUGGGGUCGCUACUGCAAGCGGUGCCCUCUGGAGGGAUCCGCAGACUUUCUGAAGAUGUGCCCUGAAGGGCCCGGUCGCAUGGACACCGGCAACGAUCUGAACGAGUGCGAGCUGAUGCCAAACGUUUGCGAACAGGGCGAAUGUGUUAACACCGACGGAUCGUUCCGUUGCGACUGCUCGGGUGGCUACAUCUUGGACGCCACUGGGAAAAAGUGCGUUGAUGAGAACGAGUGCCGAGUGAACCCUAAUAUUUGCGGCAACGGCACUUGUUCCAACCUGGAGGGAGGCUUUGAGUGCAGUUGCAACGAUGGCUUCGCCCCAGGGCCCUUACAGGUAUGCGAAGACAUCAACGAAUGCCAGGAGUUAGGGAACCAGUGCGCGUUCCGGUGCCACAACGUUCCUGGAUCCUUCAGGUGCAUUUGCCCUUACGGAUACAGCCUGGCCCCCGACGGACGCCACUGUCAAGAUGUGGACGAAUGCAACACGCCAGCCAACAACUGCAGGUUCAUGUGUAAGAACCUGGUGGGUUCUUUCAUGUGCAUCUGCCCCGAAGGAUUCACUCAGCUGGGCUAUGGGGAUGAUUGCAGGGACAUUGAUGAAUGCUCGACGAAUCCGGACUUAUGUGAACACGGUCGCUGCAUCAACCUGCAGGGCUCGUUCAGAUGCGACUGCUUCGAAGGCUUCGAGAACAGUGAGGAUGGCAAGCGCUGUUUAGAUCGGCGCGCAGGGUUCUGCUACCGCAACCGACAAUGCACCAACAAGUACGAGCAUGCUUUCAAGUCCACAAAGGCGGACUGUUGCUGCUCGAUGGGCGAAGCCUGGGGCGGCAACUGCGAGCCCUGUCCGGCCAGAUAUUCCGUGGAGUACCAGGAGCUGUGCUUGGAAAGCGGCUUUUUGAUAACUGGAGAAGACAUCAACGAAUGCGAAACGGUGCCAGAUCUGUGCAGAAACGGCCGCUGCAUCAACACGUUGGGCUCCUACCGUUGCAUCUGCAACAAGGGCUUCAAGCGCGAUGGUUCCGGGUUGAGCUGCAUCGACAUUAACGAAUGUGACCGCUCGCCCUGCCAGUACAACUGCCAGAACACAGAAGGCAGCUUCAUUUGCUCCUGCCCGGCCGGCUUCCUGCUGAAUGCCGAUUCAGUGACGUGCCGCGAUCUGGAUGAAUGCGCUACUGGUCAGAACCUGUGCCAGCAGAACUGCGUCAACACUGAGGGCAGUUACACUUGUUCAUGCGAUGAGGGCUACACUCAAGUGGGCGACAAGUGUGAAGAUAUAAACGAGUGCGAAAAGGGCGGCUACUGCUCGAAGCCAGGCAGAUGCGUUAACACAUUGGGCAGCUUCAAGUGCAUCUGCCCGAGACGAUUCAAGCUGGACGCCACUGGAACUUUCUGCCUGGAUGCCGAUGAGUGCAGCGACGAUUCCAAAUGCGCCGAAGGCUGCCAAAAUCUAGUGGGGGGCUACAGGUGUGGUUGCCCCGAUGGUUACGCACUCAACGCCUACUAUAACCAAUGUCUGGACAAGAACGAGUGUCUCAACAACCCUUGCGGCGGCACUGGCAACUGUUUCAACACCCCUGGAAGUUACCGAUGCGGCUGCCCUGAUGGUUACCAGUUUGACAGUCGUUUGAACAUUUGCGUGCAGGUGGCCCCAGGUUGUUUAGGGGCGCCCUGCGUCUUUGGGUGCUCAGCCAGUGGCGGUGGAUUCUCCUGCGGCUGCCCCCAAGGCUACACGCGGAUUGGCCAGGGGCACUGUUUGACCACCGUCAAUCCCCCUUUGAGCGGAUUUGACAUUGGGGAUGCUCCCACUUUCCCCAUUGAUGAGCCGUUUGGAGGCGCCUCCAAGGACAAGCUGAUUACCACUGAAGGAUGUUUCUCCUGUCAAGUUAAUGGGCGACAUAGGCGCGAAUCUACAGCGCAAAGGAAAAAUGAGUCUUUCAACGACACGCUGAGCAAUGGGCUGAAGAAGAGCCGAGGCUUGAAGAGGCGGAGGAGUCGAAGACACCAACACAACGAGGAGGUUGACUUGAAGAUUUCGCUGUCGCAAACCCGGCAUCGGAUCAGAAUUCUGAAAAUUCAGCCUGCUGUGAAGGUUGGGAUGGUUUACACCAUCGUCAAAGGGAAUGAGCAGAAGAAGUUCGAGCUGGUGAACAAGCACGGGGUGUGGGCGUUGCACUUCAAGCGCCGCCUGAAGAAGCCCGGUCAGUUCGAGCUGAUCGUCCAUGGAACGCCUGCUGUGCAGCCCGAAGGCGAAUCUGCUGUGCAGUUCGAGAAACCCCUAACCCUCAAAGUGCGCAUCGCAGUUACCGAGUAAACUUCCGCACCUGCUUUGUGCGUGUCCACUGCCAACGAUUCUGUGUUGUUUUUUUAAACCCCCAUUUUGCUUGUAUUCGCAUUUAUUCCCCGUAUAGUCUCAGUUUAUUAGUGUAGGGGAGGAUUCGACUAGUAUUACUUGGCAUUAAUCUAGGCUACGUACUCUUAGGUCUAAUUGCUGUAAAUUGGAGCAAUCGCUAAUAUUUAUGACAACCUGUACAAACUGCCCCCUGUUAAGUUACCCUUAUCCACAAUCAUUAACUAUUAUUUGAUAAAAAACCUAAGGCUAAAA